AGUAUACGAUAAAAAAGCGUGGCGUCCUAUUGCAAAUUUCUUACAAUGUCAAGAUCUACUACCUUGCCAAAGUUCAUGCUUGUACUAAAUAUUUGGCAUACUUUCUCCAGUACUAUUUUCUUUGCGCGGUCCUGUAUUGACGAAUCUCUUGAGAGCUUAUAUUUUGCCAGGUAUGAUAUUUGUGUGACACGCUUCUCUCGCCAAACACACCUGCCAAGUUGUUUGUUCUGUUAGUUAGCAUGACACUAAGUUGAGCCAUAAAACAAUCAAUAUGAUUAAGUUGGGACUCCCUUUGUUUAUCGAAGGAUUAGCUUUUCAGACGCAGCACCCAAUGAGCGUUGGGAGAGAGAAGCUAAAGCUUUUUCCAUCUUUUACGUGGCUUCAUGCUGAUACACUUAAAUGCUCGCCCCAAUCUUCUUUGUUAUUGCAUUUCUGAGCCCGCGAAGUGUUAGCGGCUCCCUAUGCCUAACGUCUUCGCAAGGAACGUCUCUGAUUGGUUACAUUUUCACGUCCCUGCCAAAUAUGGAUAUAUACCAGUGUUUCCAACACUGCAAGAGAGAGCCUAAGUGCCAGAGCUUGAAUUAUUACAUAAGCAGCAACACGUGUCAACUAAGUAACCGGACGAUCGCUCACAGACCGGGAGAUGCGCGCCAGGAUAGUGACGUCGUCUACUUUGAGAACCCUUUCAAAAUUCCUCUCGGAGCUGUUUCGGCAAUGCCUGCGUUAUCGUGCUCUGAGAUAAAGCAAGCCUCCAGUACAUGGCUCAGCGGUAUAUACUGGCUUGUUAACGCGUCGUCCGUGAUGCAGGGGUACUGCAAUCUAACCACAGGGCUCAUAGAGACCUGCACAGGCAGCCCAUGCCAACAUGGAGGGACAUGUCAUUACCACGGCCUUGGUAACUACAAAUGCACCUGUAACAUUGGCUUCACAGGAGCAAACUGUGAAACAGAAAUGGACGAGUGCUACACUUAUGCUACACUAACGGACGCUAGCCGCAAUAUUUAUCGAGCCAGCCCACAGCAAUUAUGCGACAGCGGACUGGGCAAGAAGUGGUACCGCUUCUCUGGUGCUGCUGGAACUAGAAUCGCGACGUCAUGUCCCCAAAAGAAUAUAUGUAAUACCGCGGCUCCUGGUUGGCUAAACGCUUAUCAUCCUUCCGUAGCUGAUGGCGUCGUCUCGCGCAAAGUGUGUUUCCAUUGGAAUAGCAAUUGUUGCCACUAUGAAAUACAAAUAAGGAUAAAAAACUGUGGGGAUAGAUUUUUUGUUUAUGAAUUUCCAAAUCCCCCGACUUGUAACCUCAGGUAUUGCAGUCAGUAGAAGUAAAACUUGACCAGGAAGUUAUAAAAUCAGGGUGGAUAUAGGCAUCUGUCUGCCUUCUCACAUAUAUUUAUUGCAUUUUAUAGACAAGACGACUUGAUUUCUAUAGUUUUAUACGAGGAUGUGUGCGUAUCAUUGCAUUUUAGGUUUUCCAGGGCUUAGCUCUGGGUGACUCCUAAAACCUCAGAUUAAAUAAAUGGUUUCUGCCGUUUCUGUCUU